AUGGGUUUGCUGCUGAAGCACCGAAUUCCAGAUGACACGGAAGUCACGGCGGCUGGCCUCCGGUUCUACUAUGGUGGGUAA